UGAUAAAAUGGUGCAUUCGUCGAUCAAACCGGGCCACACAUUCGAAGCCAGAAAUUAAAUUAGACAUCCACCAUUUUGUUUAUUUUUGCGAAAAUAUAUAAUAAGUCGGAAACGAUAGUAGGUUUUUGUACUUCGCCGCAAUAUCACGUUGAUAACGUAAUUCUGGCAAUGAUUGUAAGAUUAGGAAUGUGCUAUUAGCGUUCACUGCUGUCGAGCUCUUGUGUUGAAAUUCGCAGACAUCGGCCGCGCCGCUAGUAAACACUCUUUGAAAAUUAACAUCUUAUCUUCUAAGAAAAAUAAAAGCCCGAGUGCGCAGGGUGUUCGAGUCGAUGAGAAAGGUCCGUUGAAAUUCGUUCAGCGAAUAUUUAGUAAGCCCAAAGGGAGUAAUCCCCAAGCAUUAAAGGAAAUCUCAAAAAGUUGUGGGCGACAGUCCCCGGUGGCGCGCCCGGCUAACAUGAAUCACACGCCUGCACCUGACAGGCAGCAGCACGACCCUAAUGUGAACCAAGUCGAAGAGAUGGAAACACAAGAAGUUGAAACUGUAGAUGCUACUGAAGAUAAGAUUUGGUUAAAAGAUUUAAUGAAAGGACCCAAUGGAGGUGUAGAGAUGAAUGAUGUUAUGAAGAAUCAAGAAACUUCAUCAUCUGACAUGCCUUUGGCGUGUUUAGACGCUGAGAUGGAGGAUGAUGAAGCAAGAUCAGAAGCUACUUUCCGAUUCACAGUCCCUAACUUCAGAAACCUCAAGGACUCUGUACUAUCUCCACCAUGUUAUGUUCGCAACCUACCAUGGAAGAUCAUGGUUAUGCCACGUCAAGCACCCUCUCCUGACCGUCAAACACAGAAGUCACUGGGCUUCUUUCUACAAUGCAAUGGGGAAAGUGAGUCAUCAAGCUGGUCUUGCUAUGCUAUGGCUGAGCUUAGACUCAUCUCUCAUAAACCAGAAGCUGAACCAUUUUAUAGAAAAAUUCAGCAUUUGUUUUAUAGUAAGGAAAAUGACUGGGGGUUCUCUCACUUUAUGUCCUGGAGUGAUGUGUUAGACCCUGAAAAAGGCUAUGUCAAAGAUGAUUCAGUUACUUUAGAAGUUCAUGUCACUGCGGAGGCACCCCAUGGAGUUUCAUGGGAUUCUAAGAAGCACACGGGUUAUGUUGGUUUGAAAAACCAAGGUGCAACUUGUUAUAUGAAUUCUUUGUUACAAACCCUGUACUUUACAAACCAGUUGAGAAAGGCUGUCUACAAAAUGCCCACAGAAUCAGAUGAUAGUACCAGAUCUGUCGCAUUGGCUCUGCAGAGAGUAUUCUACGAGUUACAGUUCUCUGAUAAACCUGUAGGCACAAAGAAACUUACAAAGAGUUUUGGAUGGGAGACCCUAGAUUCAUUUAUGCAACAUGAUGUCCAAGAAUUUUUAAGGGUUCUUUUAGAUAAACUUGAGAGUAAGAUGAAAGGUACGUGUGUUGAAGGCACCGUGCCGCGUCUGUUUGAAGGUAAAAUGACUUCUUACAUCAAGUGCAAAAAUGUCAAUGUGUCUAGUACGAGAGUCGAAACGUUCUAUGACAUUCAACUUAAUAUAAAGGGAAAGAAGAACAUCGACGAAUCGUUCAAAGACUAUAUAAGCACGGAGACGUUGGACGGCGAGAACAAAUACGACGCCGGCGAGCAUGGCUUGCAAGAAGCGGAAAAGGGAGUAAUAUUCGCGUCGUUCCCACCCGUGCUACACCUGCACCUCAUGCGCUUCCAGUACGAUCCCAUCACUGACAGCUCCGUCAAAUUUAAUGAUAGGUUCGAAUUCUACGAGCACAUCAACCUGGACGCAUACCUGCAGGAGAAGCCGGAGACACCGGCCGACUACACGCUGCACGCCGUGCUCGUACACUCGGGCGACAACCACGGCGGGCACUACGUUGUGUUCAUCAACCCCAAGGGGGACGGAAAGUGGUGCAAGUUCGACGACGACGUAGUGUCGCGCUGCACGAAGCAGGAGGCCAUCGAGUACAACUACGGCGGCCACGACGAGGACAUGGCUCUUACCGUCCGCCACUGCACCAAUGCUUACAUGUUGGUUUAUAUUAGAGAUUCUCAGUUAAAGACUGUUCUACAAGAAGUAACCCAAGCUGAUAUACCGACAGAACUCAGUGAACGACUUGCAGAGGAAAAAAGAAUUGAAACUAUACGUCGCAAGGAGCGCAACGAGGCGCAUCUUUACAUGAACGUGAACGUCGUACUCGAAGAGGCGUUCGACGGCCACCAGGGCAACGACCUGUACGAUCCCGAACGUGCGCAUUACCGCGUGUUCAGAGUACGGAAACAGGCGACCGUCGCCGAACUUAUGGAGACGUUAGCUGAAAACUUCCGUUAUCCAUUGAAACAUUUACGUCCCUGGCCAUUUAGUGCUCGUUCUAACCAGACUUGUAGACCAACAUGUCUUGACCUAGUCAAUGACCAAAGCAAGUCUAUAGCAGAUAUAUCCGAAAAUAUGAAUCCAUGGAACAUUUUCUUGGAAAUGUUACCCCCUGACUCUGGCUUCAGUGCUCUCCCGCCCUUCGAUAAAGAGAACGACGUGGUCCUCUUUUUCAAGUUCUACGAUCCUAAGCAAAAGCGUAUACAUUACUGCGGUCACCACUAUUUACCCAUAGCGAGCAAGCCGGCCGACCUCAUACCAAUACUCAAUAAACGUGCUGGCUUCCCACCCGACACGCCUCUCGUUCUCUAUGAAGAAAUCAAACCAGACUUCGUAGAGAAGAUUAAUAAUUACAAUGACCCUCUCGAAAAGGUAUUGGACGAGCUGAUGGACGGCGACAUCAUUGUAUUCGAACGCGCCGAUAAUCGGCACGAAGAGCUGGAGCUGCCUACGUGCCAAGACUACUUCAAGUACAUCUUCUACAAGGUCGAGGUUCAAUUCGUCGACAAGUCGGUCCCCAACGAUCCCGGAUUUACAAUGGAACUGUCAAUGCAAAUGCGUUACGACCAAAUGGCGCGGGCAGUCGGGCAACGUCUUAAUGUGGAUCCCUUCUUAAUACAGUUCUUUAAAUGUCAAAAUUACAAAGAUACUCCAGGACUGCCUCUCAGAUACUCUUAUGAUGGAAUACUUAAGGAUUUGCUAGUGUACUGUAAACCAAAGUGCCCUAAGAAAUUAUUUUACCAGAUUUUAUCUAUUAAAGUUAAUGAAUUAGACAACAAGAAACAGUUUAAAUGUUUAUGGGUUGGUCCAAAUUACAAAGAAGAUAAAGAAUUAAUUUUAUAUCCUAACAAAGGUGGAAAAGUAGCAGACAUUUUAGAAGAGGCAGCUAAAGUUGUAGAAAUGUCUCCAGAGGGUUCUGGAAGAUUACGAAUUGUGGAAGUUUCAUGUCACAAAGUAUUACCUGGUCCAGACCCGGAGUUGACGUUGGACCAGGUGACCAUAUCACCACCCAGAUUGUAUAGAAUAGAAGAAAUUCCGCGGGAUGAGGUCAAUCUACAGGAGGAUGAGAUAUUAGUGCCUUGCGCACACUUUCAUAAGCAAGUUUACGCGACAUUCGGUAUCCCAUUCUACACCCGCGUCAAGCACCACGAGCCUUUCCAAGCGCUCAAAGAUCGUCUCCAGAAUAAGCUCGACAUACCAGAUAAGGAGUGGGAAAAGUACAAUUUCGCUAUAGUAACAAAUGGCAGACCUAACUAUAUAAGUGAAGCAGCGACGAUUAACAUAUUCGAUUUCAGACCAAACAGCAAUGCAAAUCUAUCUCUUCCAGAUGCGACAGGACGGCCGUGGCUCGGCCUCGAGCAUAUCAACAAGACACCGAAGCGCUCGCGCGUCAACUACCUCGAAAAGGCCAUCAAGAUAUACAACUGAGCCUUAUUCCCGCCAGCCAUACACGCGCACCCAGUAAAAUACAAUUUAUAGUAUUACGCUCUACGAUUUGCUACUUGCCGCGGUACGAGCUCUGGACUAAUUUGUUGCCAUCAAACACUGGACUUGGGACAAAACGAUAUUUUUAAACAUGCUUCUCACAUUUUGUGUAAUAAAAUACAUUAAAAAUAUGAAGGUUGUAGGCGAAGUAUUAAUUUUCGUUCAUAAUUUAAAUAUGCAAUAGUAUAUUAGCCUAAAUUCAUAAAUCUCACAGUCCAGUGGGAAUUGUGAACAUAUAUUAUAUUUUUAUACGGAAGUGCCGUUUUGUUUAUGAAAAAUAUAAUUUAUACAUAAUUUAAUAUGAUACAAGUUGCGGGGUUACAAGUGACAGAGCUAAUAUUAUAUUUAUUAAAAAUAGAAGAAAUAAUGUAUUUAUCAUAUGGGCAAAAAGUAUAUAAAAGUGUAUUUUACUAUUGGGUGGAUACUUGAAAUAAAUAGCCUUAUAUACCUAUCUACAUCAUAACACCAAUAUUUGACUUCUUUUACAGCUUUCUACAUAUUGAUUAAUGGUUGAAACCAUUUUAUAGUAAUGAUAAUAAUAUGGUCACGCAAUAGUCCUGCUAGCAAAACUAUUAAAGCUUAGUACUAGUUAUUAUAUUUAUUUUAUUCACAUACAUUGCAUUAUGCAAAGCAUUUUCAACUAUGGUAUUCACAAUUACCGUUUAUGAAAAUAAAAAGAUUGCUUGUAGACAAAAAAUGGGAGUGUGUUAUAUUUCGUAAUUUAUUAUAAUUUCUGAGCAUAUCCAGUGUUGAGAAAGUGUUUGUUGGAAUUCUCAAUGUUUAGUUAGUCCUGAUUAUUAAAUUUUUAUAUAAAUUUAGUGUGCAACUGGCUGGUUUUACUUAUAUAACAUAGUAAGCUGCCUGCUGGCUGUGCCAACUGUUUCAUUGCAAAUGCCGCUAUUUUAACAAUUGGUGUUCGGCAAAGUUUAACAUUUUUAAUAAAUAUAAAAUAUUAUUACUUAGACUAAUAAGAUUACGUGACGUGGUUCAAUAGAUUUUUAUAUAAAAUUUUAAUGUGACUGUGUUACGCUUUGUAUGGGAAUCCUAACAAAUAAAAAAUGGAAUGAUAUAUAUGAUUGAACGGAAUUUUAAAGAUAACACAUAUGCCACAAUUGAAAAAUAAAUAAUUUCUAAAUCUGUCACAGUGACACAAUUCAAUAAAAUAAUACUACUAUCGAUCUUAUUAUAAUCUCUUUGUAGCUUCUUUCAAGUCUGUACUUGAAUAAUUUUAUAAUCUUAAUUUUCUGAUUCUUUCAAAAAUCAUAGAUAAUUUAAUAAUAAAUAUGUAUGUAAUGAUUAUUAUAAGUACUUUUUAUCAAAUUAUUAACAGUUUUAUUUGUUGUAUCAUUUCAUAAAUUUCUAAUACAUCACCUUUCCUUUUAAGUUAUUGAGUUACGAGUAACAUACUAAUUAACUCACUGUUUCAAGUUUGUAUCAACAAAUGAUAUUUUAGGAAAGCUUGUAAAUAGCGGAACUUACCGCUUAGAAAUUAAAAUCAUGUGUAGAUUUACGCUUUUUAUCAAAUUUGAAGUCUAUAUAAUAAUGUAAUCUAAAAAUGUUUAUAAAUUGUUGCCGAAUCACCAAAUCAUGUACAUUCAAGGAGACAUCAAUUAAUAACAAAACGGAAUAGAUAAUAAGUUGGCGGUGUUGUCUUUGAAUGUACAUAUUCAUGCACAUAAUAGAUGUAACAUUAGCCCAUAUUGUUAAUUCUGGCUAAAAGCCCUAUCAUCGGAACUUGUAUGUUACUAUUUAAUUUUUUUACUUGACCAGAAAUGUUACGUUAUCAAUAAAUGAUUAUGUCGAAAUUAUGUAUAUAUAUGAUGUAAUAAAUUAAGAAAAAUACAGUAAGUUUUCGUAAAGAUGCCUUAGACAUUUUAAGAUUUUAGUGAUUUGCGAUGAUACCAAUUAAUUUAUACCCUUUUUAAUUUUCUUUUACAACUUAAAGUAACUUAUUUCACAUUAUGUAAGACAUGGUUUGUGUGAUACGAAUUCUUUUGAUAUUCUGCGUCGUUACAAAAAUGCUUCAUUUUUAUUUUAACAAUGUGUGUCAGUUGCGCUAAUUUAUUAACAAGGUUUUGAGGUAUUUUGAGACGAACAUAGAAUCAUAGUGGUUUAGAUUACGUGCCGAACGUAAUAAAUUAGAACAAAUGGGAUUAUAGACUUAGUUGAUUACUGAUUAUUAUCCAUCUAGAACCCCAUGUAAGGCGAUUACACAGCUUGUACACAAACUAUUGGAGAUUAUUCCAAAGUUUGUUAUGUUGGAUUUUGAAUGUUUCUCUGAAUAUAAUCCUAUAUUUGUUUAA